CGCCACACAACCAUUUCGUAAAACGUUUCACACCGCGACGACACCAUGUCCCGAAAGAAGUCCGCGAACAAAGUCGCCGCUGCUGCCAAGGAAAGUGGCGCCCAGACGACCACUGAGGCCAAGCCUUCGCCAACGAAGGAGGUCAACCCUUCGCCUGCGAAGAAGGCUCAAUCUGUGACAAAGCUCGCCAUUGAACCUGGUUUCUUUGGCGAACAGAUCCAUCCCCGACACAGCUUGGUGUGUGAAAACCCCACCGAAGACAUGGCGUUCCAGCUCUCGGGCGCCGCUUUGGCCGGUGACGCCGUCGCUGGUCGCACGACACUGUACGUGUCUACGGAACGCCGCGAUCUCAAGAUCGCGCUGUGCACGUUGGACACCGCGUCGACCGCGCAGUGGGCGUUGAACAACACAUUUACGCCCAUGGAUGGCGCGUUGACGUUUUCCACGGAAGGUGUCAACUCGGUUCACUUGACCGCGUAUGUGGAUGCGGAAAUGGACGGCGAUGUGUCUGACGAUGACGAAGGACUUUACGGCUUGGGCCCAGACGACGACGACAGUGAUGACAACGACCUCCUCGAUGUGGAAGACGAGGAAGACGAUGACGAAGUCCAGGACUCGGGUCGAUUUGAAGAAGUCGUCGAAGAAGACAAGAAUGGCGCCGCCAAGAAGGAUGCACAAGCCGCUGGCAAGAAGCGUCCUUUGGAAGGUGCUUCGGCCGUGGCCGAAGACUCCAAGAAGGCCAAGCCUGCUACGAUUCGCAAGGCUGGUGGCGUCACCGUCGAAGAAGUUGUGUUGGGCAAGGGCAAGGAAGCGACCAAGGGCCGCAAGGUGCAAAUCUUGUACAAGGGCAAGCUCGCCAAGAACGGCAAGCAGUUUGACGCCAACCAAAACCGCAAGAGCCCGUUUGGGUUCAAGUUGGGUGCCGGCGAUGUCAUCAAGGGCAUGGACAUCGGCGUCGAAGGCAUGCGCGUGGGCGGCAAGCGCACCGUCACCAUCCCCUCCAAGCUCGGAUACGGCUCGGAAGGCGCUGGCAAGGACAUCCCCCCCAACUCGGAUUUGAUCUUUGAACUUGAGCUUGUCAACGCGUAAAUUGAAAAACUUGCUUAUUCCGGAUACAUGUCAUCGCAGAAGAAUUAUCCGGAUG